UGGCAAUCACUUGCCGCCCAUCAGCCCGCGGAGCAGCAUCCAGAUGAAGAAGAGCAGCAGCAGCAACAACAAGGCCUAUAGGCUGGAGGCCCCCGAUGGCGGCUGGGGUAUCCUUGUCUGCAUUGGCAUGGCCCUGCCCUUUACCAGCGCUCUGGCGGCUCUGCCCUCGUUUGGCCUCGUCUUCGGAGACUUCCUCAAGAGCAUUGGUGCGGAGACGAGUGCCAUGGCCAUUAUAACCAGCGCCUUCUUCUCAUCGAUGAGCUUUGCGGGGCUGUUCUCGGGCUCCCUGUUCCAGCGAUUCGGAAUGCGGCAGGUGGGGGUUGUCGGGGGCACACUGUACUUCCUGGGCACCGGACUGCAGCUGUUUGCCACCUCCACGCUGCACUUGCUGCUGGCCUUCAGCCUCAUCCAGGGUCUGGCCUUCGGCCUGAUGGUGCCCACCUGCUAUACGACCUUCAAUCAUUAUUUCGUAAAGAACCGCGUGAUGUGGAUGAGCUUCGCCCAGACCCUGAUCGGCUUGGGUUCGAUGCUUUACCCCAUUGUUAUGCAGAAGCUGCUGCAUUGGUAUGGAUUCCGAGGUUGCCUGCUCAUCCUCACAGGCAUCAAUGCCCAUGCGGUGCUUGGGAUGCUGGUGAUGCAUCCCGUCGAGUGGCACAUGCGCCGGGUGCCCAUAUCCCCGGAGGAGGCGGCGGAGGAACUAGUGCCACUGCAGGAGCUGCCGGUGGCGGUGGCGGUGAAACCUACAACAGUGGUGGUGCGCGUGCAGCCAGAGACGCCGCUGAAGCCAUCCAAAGAGGAGCCAAUAUUUCUGGCCACACCUGCCGCCGAUCCCCCGGCCACCGCUGCCAGCGCUCGACGCCUCUCCCACGCCGAGGAGCACAUGCUAAGGGUGCACUCCAGUCGGGCCUCGAGCAUUACCAGCCUGGGCAACUGGUCUGGCCCGGUGGUGGUCAGUGACGCGUCCCCACAAAUGACGCACAGCCGGCAGGCCUCACGUCGCACCUCCAUGUUGGCAGCGGGAGCAGGCGGAGCCGUACAGGAGGCUCCUGAUGCCGUCAAGAAGGACUGGGUGCGCAGGGUCGUCGACUUUCUCGAUCUGACGCUACUCAAGAAGCCCGUCUAUGUGAACAUCGUGCUAGGCAUCACCUUUGCCCUGUACUCCGACAUCACCUUCUUCACCAUGCAGCCGGUCUACUUGUUCGAGCUGGGCUACAGCAAGGUGGACACUGCCACCAUCAUAGCCAUUGGAGCCGCCGCCGACUUGACAUCCCGCAUAUUCCUGGCCGUCACCGCCGUGUGCAUCCAAGUUCCGUCACGCUACAUUUACCUGGCCGGAGCGGUCUUUACGGUCUUUGCCAGAUUUGUUUUCAAUGGCAUCACCGAGUUUGUGGGAAUGGCCUGCAUCACGGCUGUAAUCGGAUUCCUGCGCACCUGGCUCCAUGUCCCACUGCCAUUGGUCUUUGCAGACUAUCUGCCCAAGGAGAGAUUCGCCACCGGUUACGGCCUGUUCAUGUUCACCCAGGGCAAUGCCAUGUUCCUAAUUGGCCCCAUUGUGGGCAUUAUUCGUGACAAGACCCAGAACUAUAUCCUGGUCUUUCACAUUCUCAAUGCCUUUAUGAUCCUGUGCGCCGUUCCCUGGGUCAUCGAGGUGCUCAUCGUCAAGUUCAGGAGGCGCAAUAAGAUCGAACGUGACAAUGCGGACCACGAGGAGGUGGAGGUGGACAACGGACGCAGUGCCAUGGUUCAUUGACAGCUGAAAUAUAGCGAAUUGUUCCUGCUAAGAAAUCAUAAGCCGUAAACAAACUUUUUAGCUCUUUGCCCAAAACUCCUUAGUUAGUAAAAUAUAACAAGUCUAUUAAAAA